AUGACAGUGAGGAAGACAUUGAUGAGCAUCAGGGUGAUUUUUGUGCUGCUCUGGCUUGGAGAAUCUCUGUCAAUACGUGGUCACUCACAGGUCAAGUCUUCCAACCACUUCACCUCUCCAGAAACGGUGAUCCCCUUGAAGGUGACUGGCAGAGGUAGAAAUCCAAGAGCUGGCUGGCUGUCUUACAGCCUGCGGUUUGGGGGCCAGAAACACAUUAUCCACAUGAAGGUCAAGAAGAUCUUAGUCUCCAGACAUAUCCCAGUGUUCACCUACACAGACCAGUAUGCUCUCCAUGAGGAUCAGCCUUUUAUCCAGGAUGACUGCUACUUUCAUGGUUAUGUGGAAGGGGACUAUGAAUCUCUGGUUGCUCUCAGUACCUGUUUGGGGAGCUUUCAAGGGAUACUACAGAUAAAUGGUCUCCUAUAUGAAAUUGAACCCAUGAAGUGCUCUGCCACUUUUGAACACCUGAUAUAUAAGGUAGAUAUAAGUGAGACACACUCUCCACCUAUGAGAUGUGGCUUAACAGAAGAAGAAAUAGCACAUCAGCUGAUGUUGCAAAAGACAUAUAAUAUAACACUUAAAAAGUCUUAUGACUGGUGGAGCCACACACGUUUUAUUGAACUGGCAGUGGUGGUAGACCAUAAUCGAUUCCUUUAUUCACUUGAAAAUACUUCAGUGGUACAGCAGGAUGUAGUAACUGUUGUCAGUUUUGUGGAUGCCUUAUAUAAACCUAUAGAUAUCAACGUGGUUUUGGUUGGUAUUGAGAUCUGGAAUAAUGGAAACCCUCCUUUAGCAAAUGAUGCUAAAAUAGCUCUUGGUGAAUUUAGAGAUUGGAAGAAAUUGCACCUGAAUACACGAUUGCCAAGUGAUACUACAUUCCUUUUCCUAAAUCAAACAUAUGGUAUAACACUUGGUGUUGCCUAUGUUGGUACAAUAUGUUCAUCUACAUUAAAUUGUGGACUUAUUAGUUUCGUAGGAAAAAAAUUAUUUUCUUUAGCCCUCACUAUAUCUCACGAACUUGGUCAUAAUUUAGGUAUGGUCCAUGAUCACCCAUGGUGUGUAUGUGGGACCCAAUGGUGCGUAAUGUAUCCUUCCAUAAAAUAUACAACUGAGUUCAGCAAUUGUAGUUAUGCUCAGUAUUGGGACAAUACAAACAGAAAAGCUAAAUGUCUUAGCAAUCUUCCACUUCCAGAGCAGGUCUUUAGACUGACCUUUUGUGGAAACCAAGUGGUUGAAGAAGGAGAGGAAUGUGACUGUGGGACCAUAUAUCAGUGUUCUAGAGACCCUUGCUGUCUUCCAGACUGCACUCUAAGUCCAGGGGCCUCUUGUGCUUUUGGGCUUUGUUGUAAAGACUGCCAUUUUCUUUACUCAGGGUAUUUGUGUAGACCACAGAUUAAUGAAUGUGAUCUUCCAGAGUGGUGCAAUGGAACUUAUCAUCAAUGUCCUGAAGAUGUGUACGUGAAGGAUGGGAUCCCCUGUGGUGACAGAGCCUACUGCUAUGAAAAGAGAUGCACAAACCAUGAUACACAAUGCAAAGAGAUUUUUGGUGAAGAUGCAAAAAGUGCAUCUCAGAGCUGUUACAGUGAUGUCAACACUCAAGGAAAUCGUUUUGGUCACUGUAGUAUUGAAGACAGAACCUACCUAAAAUGUAACAUUUCUGAUAUCCUGUGUGGAAGAAUUCAGUGUGAAAAUGUGAGUGUACUUCCCAGUCUGCAUCAACAUUCUACAGUGCACCAGGUGCACUUCAAUGGCACCACUUGCUGGGGCACUGACUAUCAUGUAGGGAUGUCCAUACCUGAUAUUGGUCUAGUGAAGGAUGGCUCCGUAUGUGGUCUAAAAAAGAUCUGCAUUCAUAGUAAGUGUGUUCCCCUCUCUACUUUGUCACAAGAUUGUCAUCCCAAGACCUGCAACAUGAAAGGUAGCUGUAAUAAUAAAGAUCAUUGUCACUGUGACCAUGGGUGGGCGCCUCCCGACUGCUUGUUAAAAGGUCGUGGAGGUAGUUAUGAUAGUGGACCACCUCCUUACAAAGAGCAGGUAUUUUCAGAAUAA